CAAAACAAUUCGUUUAAAUAUUAUUUUAGUUUGUAGCUGUAAUAUAUCAAACAUUAACAUGUUUCGGUUGCUGUUCCUAAUCUUCACUCUAACAGUGACUUAUGUAAAAUCCCAAUAUGCUUCACCAUGCCUCACCACGAACCAACGACCUGGUCUUUGUAUGCCGGUCAAAUCAUGUAAACCAAUUUAUGAUUUUUUUAUCAGUCACAGUGAUGGCAUUAUUUCAGAACAAGAUAAAUUAAGAUUAGCCUCAUUGUAUUGUGGUACAUUUAAAAAUGUCAAACAUGUUUGUUGUGGAGAAACCGAUAUUCAAUUGAAUAUUGAUGGUUUGAAUAUAUUAAAAAAUAAUACUUGUGGUGCGUAUUUUGUCAAUUCAAUAGCAAAUGGUGAGAAAGCAUCUCUAUUUCAAUAUCCAUGGAUGGUUUUAUUGAAAUAUAACGACAAUGCCAGUCCCUUUAAAUGUGGUGGCACCUUAAUAAAUGAUCAAUAUGUUUUGACAGCUGCUCAUUGUAUUAAGGGAAAUGAACAUGAACUUAAACAAGUCCGCUUGGGAGAAUAUCAGAUAAGUACUACCAUCGAUUGUACAAAUGUAUCACGAAAAAAUCAUUGUGCUCCACCCGUGGAAGAUAUUGGAAUUGAAGAAAUGAUAAUUCAUGAACAUUUUCAUGGAAUAUAUAAUGAUAUAGCACUAAUAAGAUUAAAUCGUAAAGUGGAAUUUAAACACACAUAUUCCGAUGUUUUAUUGACAGCUUUUGUACCCAGAUUAAAUCGUUCGGAGUGUGAAAAUCAGUUUCAUAAUAAUCGUCUUCCCUUAAACGAGGGACAUGUUUGCGCCGGCGGCCGAAACUUAGUUGAUACAUGUCGUGGCGAUUCUGGAGGACCUUUAGGUUAUCGAGAUUUGUAUGACAAACGGCCACGUUUUAUACAAUUUGGAAUCGUUUCUUAUGGUCUGCACAAAUGUGGUGUUGAACCGGGAGUUUAUACAAAUAUAUCGCAUUAUAUGCAAUGGAUAACAGAUAAUUUGAAAGAAACUUCUGGGAUAAUGUCAAAUCAAGCAGCACAGUCCUGCAGUACACCAGUAAUGGAAAAUGGAUUUUGUGUUCCAUACAAUGAGUGUCCAUAUGCAAAUAACCUUGUGAAUCAAUAUGGCAGUUACAAUGCAAUUCCAAAGAACGACUUAAAUGUCUUAAUAAAUUCAAAGUGUUCUGGGGAUAACGAACCGAUACGAUUAUGUUGCAAAUUGUCAAAUACUUAUGUUCGGAAAAAUAAGUCACUCAAGGUAAAUCCCGCUAAACCUGAUCCUACUUUAACUGAAGAUCUCGACUAUAAUAGCAAUAUCAAUUCUCAAUUUAAAUCACAUGAAGCACAGUCCUGCAUUACACCGCCAAUGGAAACUGGUUUAUGUGUUCCAUACAAUGAGUGUCCCUAUGCAAAUAAUCUCGUGAAACAUUAUGGCAGUUACGAUGCAAUUCCAAAGAAUGACUUAAAUGUCUUAAUAAAAUCAAAAUGUUCUCGGGAUAACGAACCGAUACGAUUAUGUUGCAAAUUUUCAAAUAAUUAUGUUCCACAAAAUACACAAUCCAAGGCAAUUACUGCUAAACCAGAUCCUACUUUAACUGAAGAUCUUGACUAUAAUAGAGAAUUCAGUUCGCAAUUUAAUUCACAAGGAUUAAACAUUCUUGCUGAAUUAAGCUGCGGCAGAUCUGGAGGCAAUCGCUUGGCUGGCGGAAAUGAGGCUGAUUUAGCGGAAUAUCCAUGGAUGGCACUACUAACGUACAAUGAAGGAAGUGAUCAAAUUAAUUGUGGUGGAUCUUUGAUAUCAAACCGUUAUGUAUUGACAGCUACACACUGUGUCAAUCAGGCAACCUAUCAAGUAAUUGGUGUACGUUUGGGUGAACAUGAUCUAUCAACAAAUCCUGAUUGCAGACGAAAGGGAUGGAAAUAUGUAUGUAAUCCAGUUGUAGAAGAUUUUGGGAUAGAGAAAAUUAUUCCUCAUCCCAGAUACAAUGAAAGAAUGCGCAUUAAUGAUAUUGCCUUGAUAAAGUUGGACCGCGAUGUAGAUUUCAAAAGACAUAUUAAGCCUGUAUGUUUGCCCAUAAUAAAGUCAUCUUAUGAAAUUAAUACAAAUCAGUUUACCAUAGCUGGUUGGGGAGUUACUGAAAACCGCACUAGAUCGCUAGUUCUUUUAAAAGCAGAGGUUUUAAGACAAUCCCGUUCAGUGUGCCAAUAUUUCUAUUCACCAUUAUCUGUCAAAAUAAAUGAAAAACAUAUUUGUGCUGGAAAUCGGCAAACAGGUCGUGACACAUGUAAGGGAGACAGCGGAGGUCCACUAGUUGCUUUUAACACAUAUUCGAAUGUUAAACAUUUCAUACAAUACGGCAUUGUGGCAUCGGGUGGUACAGCCUGUAAUCUUCAGCAAGGUUUUCCCGGCGUUUAUACAAAUGUUUUAACAUAUUUGCCAUGGAUCACGCAUAACAUUAUUGAUUAGAAAGGCGUUGCAAAAAAAAUUAAUGCACUUACAGGGAUGUAUUCAUUAAAUGCAUAUGAUAAGA